GUCUUUUAGUUGUCAUGGAGACAGGCACAACAAAGCAAUAGCAAAGCUGGUCUCCUAAGGAUGUCUGCUGACGGUAUACCUAGAUAAGACCGGAAAGACCUGGUGGAGAUCUCAAUUAAAUGGAUUCCUUCGAUACAUCAACUCCUCUCCUCUGCCCCGCUUCCAAUUCGGCAAUGGAAGAGUCAGCGUCUAAGUUGACAGAAGCCAUUCAGAAGCCCGCAGUUGUACUGAAAGAUGAGCUCAAAAAUAGCAAUCUGUCCAAGCCGUUAGAGAAGUCAAAGUCCUGCAAGAGAGUUGAGUGGUCAAGUGACACUGUUGACAAUGAGCACUUGGGCCGUCGCUCAUCCAAAUGCUGUGUUUAUGAGAAGCCACGUGCCUUUGGUGAGAGCUCAUCAGAAAGUGAAAAUGAAGAUGAUGACAAUGGUGAUGUACUCUGUGGCCAGGGUCAUCAAAAGGGAAGACGCCGUGUUCUUUCAAGUACUGUUGCUAGUACUUCAUCUCCCAAGCCUAAAGAUCCAUCUGAGUCCCUUCCUUCCCCCCAUUAAUGGCUAAGCCUCAUUUUGCUUCUCCUAUCCCUGAACUAGACUGAACCACAGUAUGUCCAUGUUGGUACUCAGGGAUUAAAUGCUUUUUGACUCUUUUGUGCA